UUACCCCGUAUUUGAAGUGAUAUUACAUGUGCAAAAAUGUAUACAAUAAUUUUAGGAUGCAUGUGAAAUGUAGCUGAGUGCUUAGUAAAAAUGUUGAUAUACAACAUGUAGGUGUCGCCAUGAUUCCUAGCAUAUAGAUGGUUGCAAAUACGAAACUAAGACACGUGGUCAGUUGCUGAAGAAAUUCCGGUGAAAACAUGCAGGGUCUAGCAAAAGGUCUGUAGCUGUGAGGGAAGGUGGAUGGCCCCAUAUGAGAGGAGCUAUUCGAGCAAUCCGGUUAUGUGUCAAUUCCAGUCAAAGAGAGAUCAGCAGCAUCGUAAAGGAAUGGUUCCGGCAUUCCUGUGACCGAGAAGGAGGACGCAAAGAAAGGGAAGAACGAAAUCAGAGAAAGAUCACAAAAUGAAUUUGAAGACAGCGCUUAAUGACUAUCAUGAUUAUGAAUUAUAAAUGUCUGUGUUCAGAGACUUGGAAACAUUUAUUCUAAGAGCAAAUUAUUGUUUACAUUUAAAAAUGUUUAAUUGGCAUUUUUUCUAUUGCGGGCACACAAUAAGUCUAAUCACUUGUAUUUUAUUUUGUUUUGAUAAUUUGUAGCAAUAUCAGAAUUAAGCCUGAUAUUAUUUGAACCUUUGAUUGGAUAAAUUGUUUCAGCCUUAUUUGUGAUCAAUUUAAUAAGCAGGCUUUAAUUUUUACUGAUUGGAGGUACAGGGGAUUACUUAAUGUGUAGAAUGACAACAUUUUGAAAACAUUGGCUAGAUUUUGCACACAAUAUAUUGUAGUGUUUAAAGGAAAAACACAUUAAUAACCAAGUAUUAUAAUGAUAUCUGACCAACGUUGGCCCAAUGUCAAAAACAUGAAAUCGGGUCAAUAUAUAUUGGGCCAACGUUGACCCAAUGUCACACUCAUUGGGGCAAUAUUGGCCCAAUGUUAGCUUGCUUUCUGGGAUAGUACUUAGUGCUUUUUUACCCAAGGUCAUUAAUUGGUGAUUAAUUUAUUUCAAGAAUUCAUUUUCAUGAUAAGAAAAUUUAGAAUAGUUGACAUUAAUCAUUUACUGUAAUUAUAUGUACAUAUAACACCAAGCUUUGUGAGGGAAAAACAGGACAAGAAAGGGAUGAAAGUGUAUGCUUUUCUUAAACGUCACUGAAUUAUGACGUCACAAUGUACUGUAUGUCAUAAUGUGUACGACGUAACAUAUUCACCCGUACGACCAAACAUAAACAUACUGUGCACUUAUCAAAAGAAGAUGAUUUUUGGAAAUGUUUUCCGUUCUAUGCCAGACGACAAUGAUUUGAAAAAUGACUUUGUACCUUAUGAACAGGUUAAGGACACCAUCUCGAAAAUUGAAGUUUUAAAAGCUGCGAAUGCAAAUGUUUCUUCAUUCCUGCCGUCAUGGGCAGAUGAUGAAUAUUUCAUGCAGUUGCAUAAACCGAAGGGGAUAAAGAAGAGAAAUGUGUUUGAGGCAAGCAUGGAAACGGGAGAGGCAUUGCUGGAGAAAGAGUCAGAAGACAAGGCAACCAUUGAGAGCGGACGGGCAAAACUGAAUACAGAGAAUGGACAAAUCACACAUUCUGUUCCUGAAAUCAGUGGCGAAGAACUUGAUAUAAAAACAGAGGAUGUUGCAGUAAACAUCCCAAGUAUUAUCGAAAAGACACGUGCAAUAGUUCGCCAAGAUAUAAGAGUCCAGAAACUAGAUCAGGAUGACGAAAGUGUUAUGGAAGAAACAAAAAAUGUGAACACCUCGGAUGUGAACCAGGAAAACAAAUGUCUACAGAAACCUGUUAAAUUACAAGAGUUAAAACAGAAAACCAAGCCAGUCAAAAGUGGACUGGGGAAAUCUGAGGAGCAUAUUGCAUUAAAAACAGGGAAAAUACAAAAGUUCAUUCCCCGAAAACUAUUUCUAUCGAGUAUAGAAACAUUUAAACUUCCACCAGAUACCCAGCAUUCCACCAAGGGCAAAGGAGAGGAGACCAAGCCCGUGAAACCAAAGCCUCUACAGAAUAGGUUCAUCUGCACCACGGGACUUUCUCCUGUGGAUGAACCCCGUGUGGUGAGACCACACAGAACAUGGAGGGAUCGAAUUCUCCGGUUUUUUGGAUUUAAAAGAUAAACUUACUGAAAAUUUAUGAAGAUAUGAACGUGCUUAUAAAGAAUUUUUUUGUACUUUGCAGACGUAUUAUGGAUGUUCCUGGUGUUCUAA